AUGAAAAAAAAAGAAACCAAAUUCAAAAAAAUUUAAGUAAACAAGAAGAUCUACCCUAAUUUCUUGAAAAUGAUUGACGAAAGAAAUUUUGAUCUGUUUAUAUCUUCAUUUCGUGAUAUUCAUCCAGAAAACUUUACUCAUUGCGGAUUUAUUUAUACUCAUAAACAAAAUGAAAAGUUAUCAAUUAAUGAGGAUGCUGCCUUUGUAUUGGAUAAUAAAAUUUGGUUUGCAAGAAUUGAAGAAAUAGUGAAAAUUAUAAUAAAUGGUGAAGAUGCAGGAUUUAUUAAAGGUCGUAUCUAUUUAUAAAAGCCAGAUUUAAUUGGACUGCAUGAGAAAAUAAAGGAAUGUACAGAAGAUGAUUUAUUUCUCACCGAACAAACCAAAUGGUUCUUUUGUAAAGAAUUAAGAAAAAAAAUAAUGGUGUAUAAUCUUAAUGAUAUCAUUCAAAACAAUAUUGAUACGAAACCUGGCUCAUUUUAUACUCGUUCAGAAUUUAAUGUUGAAUUCCAAAAAUUUAUAACACCUGUUGAAGAGUGGGCGACUGAAUGUAUUUGCUAAAAAUUAUUCGAUAAUUCUCUGGGCUACUUAUAGUGUGAUAGGUGUUAAAGAUGGAUACAUUAUGAUUGCAGUGGGUUACCAAAAGAUGUACUUGAAAACUUGAAUGAUCAUAAUUUUAAUUGUAAGAUUUGUGUAGGCGAAAUGAAGGUAGAAAAAAUUAAGAUAAAAUCAAAUGAAAACGAAAAUUAAUAAUAAGUGGUGAAACAAUCUAAGAAUGCUGCUAAAAAGGAAAAUUAAAUUAUUGAAGAGAAGAUAAAAAUUGAAAUGUAAGAAAGAAAACCACUUAAAAAUAAAUCAGUAUUAAAUCAAAGUAUGAAUUACAAUAAGCAGUUUAUAAAUGAAAAAAAUUCAAAGAAGCCUAUUCAAAAAAUUAAAAGUAAUUGA